AUGGCUGAUCCAACCUACUUUCAAGCUACACGUUAUUCGCAGCCGAUUCUGAUUGUCUUCGGUACAGCUGGCGCAAUACUAAAUCAGAUUCUUUUCUUUUCUCGGAAAUCCCUUCGGAAAAAUUCCUGUUCAUUGUAUUUUCGGGCACUGUCAAUCAACGAUCUACUUGUUAUCUAUACAGUUGUCUUACCACUCUGGCUUUCCAAUCAAUUCAAUAUUGACCCUUCGAAUAGUUACAACUGGUAUUGUAAAUUGAAAACGUAUGUUGCUGAUAGUUUAUAUACAAUAUCUCCAUAUUUGGUUGUUCUCGCGUGUUUCGACCGUAUGUGUACGAGUUCAACGAAUGCUAGUCUAAGACAGUUAGCUACGAUUCGUGUGGGAUUCUAUCUGAUCCCUCUGACGGUUGUAUUUAUAUUUGCAGCUUAUUUUCAUGUUCCCAUUUGGUACAGAACUGGAUAUACGAAUAAUGCGACGUUUUGUUACAGUCCAGAUGCAAUCUACAGUAGAUUCAUUGGUUUAUUCGUUCUAUUUUUCCUAUGCAUCAUUCCACCUAUAUUGAUGGUGGUACUAUGCAUUAUUACAUUAAUUUUCCUUCGUCAGCAAAGACGCCGAAUCAUGCCGGUGAAUCAAAUACGUACACGUCAACGUGAUCAUCAAUUACUAAAAAUGCUCUUCAUGUACGUGACAAUGAACGUUAUAUGUAAUGUUCCAUUUGCUGUUACAUACGUUAUGCUGAUGUUUCAACAGCCAAGAUACGUUCCGCUGCAUGUCAACCUCUUUCGUCUAUUUGGUUUAUUAUUAAACGUGAAUUUCGCAACAAGUUUCUACGCAUAUACACUUGGAACACCAUUCUAUCGACAUGAGCUGUACAAUUUCAUGAUCUCAGUCCGACAUCGAAUACGACAAGCAAAUUAUGUUUUGUGUACUCAAAGAAACAUGAACAAUUGA